AUGUCUCACCAACUAGAACGCCGCUUCUCCCUCACCGCGAAUCUGCAGUGCGUCGAUCACGUCGAUCUCUGCCUCCCGCCUUCUAAGAACGCAUCCAUCAAGCAUCCUCGUCCGCGACCACCGCAACGCACAUCUCUCGGACCUGUCGUGCUGUCGUCUCACUAUCUGACGCGCUCACCCGCCCUUUUAUCUCGUCCCUUCAUCCUCUUCGACCGUCGUCCUUCCGAGUCGGAUCUGCCCAGACACACCACACCCUCGAGCGACUACAUCACACCUCAGGAAAUGAAGCACAUGGGCAUUCAAAGACGGUCGACAAUCGAAUAUCAUCCACGCGGAGCCGUCGCAUCGUCGCACACUGCACAUCGUACGUAUAUCACUCCCAGCCCGUUCUAUCGUUCUAUCCAGACCACUAUCCCGUCCUCAGACCUUGCGAACCGCAGACCUCACGAACUCCAGAAAAAAAGGGGUCAGGUCAUGGACCCCACCGUCCUUCCUAGCUGGGGAGAGGAGGAGAAAUCGGGGGCUGGGAUUAAUUUGAUCACCCGACGCGACGCCCACUCUUCCACCCACGCAGUAGUCGACAUACCCUCCGCCCUUUCCUCACCCAGCGCUUGCACCCAUUGUCCCUGUCCCCAAAGACGAAGGCGUGAACCCCAACCCCUCCCCCGAUGCCUCAAUUUUCUUUCUCAAAAUAGCUACUCCUCGAAGAACGUGAAACCUGCCUCCUUCGGCUCAGUUUUCCGCAACAACGUAAUCAUUUUAUUAAACGAACACACACCCCAAGUCAGCUCUGUUACUCCAGAGCUUGGGGCUGAGUAA